GUUGAGUAUCGUUAAAGAUAUCCGAGGAAUCUAUCAGUUUGGUCAUUAUUUUAACCUGAAAUAAUGAACUGAAAAUUUUGCCAAAGUUAUUAGUUUUUUUUUUUUUGUGUGAUUGAAGUAAAUAUGCAUUUUUGAUUUUCAAAUAUUUAUUCAACUUAUAUUACGAUUUUAUCUCGUUUUUUAAUAUCCAUUGAAUUUUACCGGUUUAUAUGAUAUUUUUAUGUGAAAAAAAUUUAAAAAAACUUUACUAAGUGUUUUGGAGUCAUCUGUUAUGAGUGAAAUGAGUUGUGCGUAAUCGGAAAUUAAUUUUCGAGUUUGAAAUCGUAAAAUAAUAAAUUUAAGAUUCAACAACUUGUUCGAAGGAAUUUAACCUUGAGAAACUAGCAGUACCGUUAUAGAUCUUCAAUCAAAUUCACGAAAUGAUGAUAGAUACAGGAGGAACCGUUUUUGUAACUGGAGGUGCAGGCUACAUCGCCAGUCAUUGUAUCGUUGAAUUAUUAGAAAAUAAUUAUCAAGUUGUUGCGAUUGAUAAUUUUUCAAACAGUGUGUCCAGUAGGAUGGGAGAGUCAAUAGCACUUCAAAGAGUCGAAAAAAUCACUGAGAAAAAAAUACAUUUCUACAAUUGUGAUCUUACUGACCGUGAAAAAUUACAACAAAUAUUCAGCAAGCAUAAGAUCGAUUGUGUGAUUCAUUUUGCAGCAAUAAAGGCAGUAGGAGAAUCGAUGCAAAUUCCACUCCACUAUUAUCGAAAUAAUAUUAUUGGUGCGAUUAAUUUACUUGAGGUAAUGAAAUCAGCACAAUGCUUUCAAUUAGUAUUUUCAAGCUCAUGUACAGUUUAUGGAGAGCCAAACCAUCUACCAAUUACAGAAGCCCAUCCAACUGGAAAUAUUACAAAUGUUUAUGGGCGGACAAAAUAUUUUAUUGAAGAAAUGUUGAAAGAUAUAUCUCGAGCAGAAAAAACUUGGAAUAUCAUAUCGCUGAGGUACUUUAAUCCUGUUGGAGCUCACCCAAGUGGGAUAAUUGGUGAAGAUCCUACAAAACCGUAUACAAAUUUGAUGCCUUUUAUCGCACAAGUUGCACUGAAACAUAAGCCAGUACUCAAAAUAUUUGGUGGGGAUUAUUUUACAAAAGAUGGAACAGGAAUUCGUGAUUAUAUUCACGUAAUGGAUUUAGCUGCUGGUCACCUCGCAGCCAUAACGAAAUUAAAAAAAGAGCACUUACGACUGAAAUUCUAUAACUUGGGAACUGGUAAAGGUGUCUCUGUUUUAGAACUAGUAAAAACGUUUGAAAGAGUCACAGGUACAAAUAUUCCCUAUGUCAUAUGUGGUCGGAGAGACGGAGAUAUUAUAUCAAUGUAUGCAGACGCUGAAGCAGCUAAAGUUGAACUUGGGUGGACAACAAAAUAUAGCUUAGAACAAAUGUGUCAGGAUUUUUGGAGGUGGCAAUCGAUGAAUCCAGAUGGUUAUCGUUCAAAUCAAAUGAAACCAUAAAUCAUAUUUAAUUUUUUAAUCGACGUAAAAAUUUUGAUUGUUAUUCAUGAGAAUAAUUUAUAAUUAAUAUUGUGAUAUAUAUUCUUUCAAGAGGCAUUUAAUACUUACUACAAAGAUAUGGUUUAAUAAAUAUAUUGAAUAAGUUAUUAAGGGAAUUCAAUGGUGGCCAGUAUAAAUUAAUUUGCUUAUUUACCUGAAUAUCUUUCAAUUUUCCAAUACUUUACUACUUUCUUUUAUAUUUAUAUCCUUAUUGAUUUAUUUAUUCUUAGCACUAUCACUUUAUUUAAAAGCUGCUAAUAUUCCACAUUUACCAUUUUCAUUCUUGCUCGAGUGAUUUGGGGUGAAGCAUAAGAUGAAAAAUUUACCUGACUAGUCACGUCCGACAUGAGCGCCGGAACACUUGAACUCGGUAUUGUCCAAAACAAAAUUAAUGAUAAAUAUUAGACUGGGCCAAAAAAAUCGACUAUUUUUUUUUCUUUC